AUAAUUUUAUAAAGAGCUUAUAAGAUGAUGAUAUUAUUGAAAUUAGUGGUAGUAAAGUGUUAGUGAGGAUGAUGGUGCAGGUCGGAGUAGCUCCCUGACGUUCCCGUUGGCUGCUGCUUCGUCUGCUUCUCUGAGAUGGCAUUGAACCCAAUGUACCGCCGGGCGCUGGCCUUAACCAUCCAGCAGGUCAGCCGUCAGCAAACUGCAGCUGCAUCUACCGUAUCAAAAAUUGGUAACCGUGAUGUUGUAGGCUUUGGCAUGAAUGGUACACCUUCAUAUAUUGACAGAGUUGAUUUUCCCAUGCCGGCCAUCCGCUUCAAGGAGAACACUCCUGAUAUCCAAGCUUUACGUGAGAAGGAGAAGGAAGACUGGAAGAAACUAACGUUGGAAGAAAAGAAAGCCUUGUAUCGUGCUUCCUUCUGCCAGACCUUUGCAGAAAUGAAAGCGCCUACUGGGGAGUGGAAGUCUGUGCUGGGGAUAACAUUAAUUCUUUCCUCUUUAGGUAUUUGGAUAUACAUGUGGAUGAAAAUGUAUGUAUAUGAUGAUCUUCCAGAGUCCUUCAAACCUGAACACCAAGAAGCUCAGCUUAAGAGGAUGAUUGGCCUGGGUGCAAACCCAGUACAGGGCAUAUCAUCCAAAUGGGACUAUGCUAAGGGUGAUUGGAAGUAAAUGUCUAUCUGGGAAGUUAGCACGGAUUAGUAAUGCCAAGACUUGAUUUGGCCAAAGUUGUGCAGAUGACCACAUUAAUUAAUCUUACAGUACCUGGCUGAUUACAAAAACUUAAUUGUUUUAUCCAUUAUUGAUUUUUGCACUUCUCAAAUUGGUGUCACUCUGUAUUACAUCUUGCAUAUUAAUGUCAGCCUCCUACAUUGUACUUACAAUUCAUAUUACUGGUGCACUUGAUUACUUGCUUUGUGAUUUGCUCCCACCCCAGUUGAUCCUCAUUCCAUCUCCCUGAUACUGCAUUUGACACAAGUGGUCAAUAAUACUAUGUAAGAAAAAGGGGAAGUACAGGAAAUAUGUCAGGACAUUAAUCUCUGUGCAUAUUUUUAUUUGUAAAUAUAUGUAUAUUUUAGAGUUGACUUGUCAGUGCCCAACCAGUCAGGGAGAAAUAAUUUCUUAUUGUAAAUAUGAUGUCACUGUCAACUGUUAGUAAAUGGUGACCUUUU